AUCCACCAGUUUACUCGUUAAACUGAUAUGUCAUUGAGUUGAGUUUCUUAGAUGAUUUUCCUCAUAAUACGUUACGUUACGUUACGUUACAAGCAUCCGCAUAGUUAUCGGAUCACGAAAGAAUCCUUUUCCGGCUGCAAAUCUCCGACCUCUUCUUUGAAUGAAGAAAUGUAGGACAGAGUUGAAGAAGAAGAAAAAGAAAAAGAAAAUGUAGAAAAAGAAGGAGGAGAUAGAAAGAGGUAGAAUAAGGAGGAUGAGGAGAAGGAGGAGAAGUACGUAUCUUUGAGCUAAGAGCUCAAACCGAACGUUCUAAACACGUGAGACCUCAACGAGAAGGCAAUGGCCUGUACAGGUAUGUGGGUGAUGUCCGUUUAGAAAAGAAGACGAAGAAGACUCGAUGGAUUUAUGCUAUGGUCAUUACGUGUUGUCCUCGUAGUAUGGCGUUCACUAUUUAAGCCACGGUUUCCUUAUAUUUUGGUGUUGUUGUUCGUGGUUCACUAGCGCGUUCGGUGUAUUCUCUCACGACAUAGUUUGAAUUCUCCUAAUCAUCGCUGACUACGAUUGUACGGCGACUAUCGAUUACAACAACUACGACGUCGAAAGGACGAGCGUUUAAAUGUCGAUUAUUAAGAAGAUCCUCGGUACGGCAUCAUUAACGAUGCUUCUAUUCGUAUUUCAAAGCAAUCACUGCCUUCCUGUCGAUCAAACAAAUGUUACGGAUCCGAAUACAGAAUCGAUCGAUGCAUCAUUUGUAAAUAAAGAUAUUCAAAAUGAACGUGACAUCGAUCGUCGAGGCUAUUCCGAAGAAAAGAUAUACGAAAUCUCUCAAGCUUGCUUGACUCCAACCAACAAGGAAGGUCAGUGUAAACAAAUCGGAGAAUGCGUGCUCGACGAUGUCCGAUCGAAUACUAGUCAAUUUUUCAAUAAUAUGUGCAUUCUCAAUCGCACGCAAAUAGGAAUUUGUUGUCCGAACAAGUCACUAAGUACGUCGAGUUUGUCGCUCGUGGAAAGUCUGGCUGGACCAUUACCUUCUAUAGCAAGUUUUUACAGUGAAAAGGAAAAUAAUCCAGAUAUAGACGAUAGAAAAGCCAGAGGACACAGAGGAUGUGGAACGAACACAAAGAGUGGUACGAGAAUCGUAGGUGGACGACCGGCUGAUCCUCGGGAAUGGCCUUGGAUGGCAGCGUUACUUAGAAAAGACGCGAUUCAGUAUUGCGGAGGUGUUCUCAUCACCGAUAGACACGUAUUAACAGCUGCCCAUUGCGUUCAGAAAUUCAAGCCACGUGACAUCCUCAUUAGAUUGGGUGAAUAUGACUUUACGAAAUCAAACGAAACCAGAGCUUUAGACUUUGCGGUUACAGAAAUAAGAAUCCAUAGAGAUUUCGAUUCAGCCACGUACGAGAAUGACAUCGCUAUUAUCAAGAUACAACGACCCACUACCUUCAACAGUUAUAUUUGGCCUAUAUGUUUGCCACCUAUCGAUCAGACAUUUGAAAAGAAAACAGCGAUUGUUACAGGUUGGGGGACACAGUAUUAUGGUGGACCAGCCAGUACCAUUCUUAUGGAGGUUACAGUACCGAUAUGGCCUCAAGAAAUGUGCAUUAAGAGCUUUACUCAACGUAUCACGAAGGCUACCAUGUGCGCAGGCGCUUACAAAGGAGGUCGUGACGCUUGUCAGCUACGCGUCCUAGACCAGGUGCAAUUGGACACCGGAUCGAUGACGGACACGAUAGAUGCCAUGCCUAGCCGAGAAAAAGGAAGUAAUUAAACAGCCCGAAGGUAU